GAGAGGAGAAAUGGCGCAGAAAGGAGUUCAGCUGGACCGGGAAACCUUCUCUUGUUCGAUCUGUCUGGAUCUACUGAAGGAUCCGGUGGCUAUUCCCUGUGGACACAGCUACUGCAUGAAGUGUAUUAAAGGCUUCUGGGAUGGAGAGGAUGAGAAGAAGAUCCACAGCUGCCCUCAGUGCAGGCAGAGCUUCACACCGAGGCCUGUCCUGCUGAAAAACACCAUGUUAGCAGCUUUAGUGGAGGAGCUGAAGAAGACUGGACUCCAAGCUGCUCCUGCUAAUCUCUGCUAUGCUGGAGCUGAAGAUGUGGCCUGUGAUGUCUGCACUGGGAGAAAACUGAGAGCCUGUAAGUCCUGCCUCGUGUGUCUGGCCUCUUAUUGUGACAAACACCUCCAGCCUCAUUAUGACGCAGCUCCAUUAAAGAAACACAAGCUGGUGGAGCCCUCCAAGAAGCUCCAGGAGAACAUCUGCUCUCGUCACGACGAGGUGAUGAAGAUGUUCUGCCGCACUGAUCAGCAGUGUAUCUGUUCUCUCUGCUCUGUGGACGAACACAAAGGCCACGACACGGUGUCUGCUGCAGCAGAGAGGACUGAGAGGCAGAGAGAGCUGGAGGGGAGUCGACUAAACAUCCAGCAGAGAAUCCAGGACAGAGAGAAGGAGGUGAAGCUGCUUCAGCAGGAGGUGGAGGCCGUCAAUGGCUCUGCUGAUAAAGCAGUGGAGGACAGUGAGAAGAUGUUCACUGAGCUGAUCCGUCUCAUGGAGAAGAAAAGCUCUGAUGUGAAGCAGCAGGUCAGAUCCCAGCAGAAGAGAGAAGUGAGUCGAGUCAGAGAGCUCCAGGAGAAGCUGGAGCAGGAGAUCUCUGAGCUGAAGAGGAGAGAUGCUGAGCUGAAGCUGCUGUCUCACACAGAGAAUCACAACCAGUUUCUGCACAGCUACCCCUCACUGCCAGCCCUCAGUGAAGCUACACACUCCUCCAGCAUCAACAUCCGUCCUCUGAGCUACUUUGAGGACGUGACGGCGGCCCUGUCAGCAGUCAGAGACAAACUACAGGACGUCCUGAGAGAGGAAUGGACAAACGUCUCACCGCCUGAAGUGGAAGUUUUACUGUCAGCAGCAGAGCCCACCACCAGAGCUGGGUUCUUAACAUAUUCACAGGAGAUCACUCUGGAUCCAAACACAGCAAACACACAGCUGUUAUUAUCUGAGGGGAGCAAAAAAGCAACAUACAAGGGACAACAACUACAGUCUUAUUCUAGUCAUCCAGACAGAUUCACUUAUUAUCCUCAGGUCCUGAGUAGAGAGAGUCUGACUGGACGUUGUUACUGGGAGGUGGAGUGGAGAGGGGGAGAAGUUUAUGUAGCAGUCACAUACAAGAAUAUCAGCAGAGCAGGGAGUGGGGGUGAAUGGUUUAUGGAUUCUGAAUGUGCAUUAGGAUACAAUGACAAAUCUUGGUCCUUAGAUUGCAGCCAAAACAGAUAUACAUUGUAUUACAACAGUAUCCACACUAACAUCUCAGGUCCUCAGUCCUCCAGAGUAGGAGUGUACCUGGAUCACAGAGCAGGUAUUCUGUCCUUCUACAGCAUCUCUGAAACCAUGACUCUCCUCCACAGAGUCCAGACCACAUUCACUCAGCCGCUACAUGCUGGAGUUCGGCUGUGUUAUGUUGAAGACACAGCUGAGUUUUGUAAACUGAAAUAGCCUGAAGUCAUUUGAGGAACUCUUCUACUUCUUAAACUCAUUGCGUCCAUCAUUGUUGCUGAGAGCUGAUUGUUCAUGUCUUCACUGCACAGAGAUCAGCUGUCAAUCAAACAUUAUGGGAUGUGCUUUAACAUCUUCUCAUGAGUUGUUCUGUAGAUGUUGGAGUUUCUUUAGGCGGCGCUCCUUCCUGUGUCUGUUUAGCCAUGGAGGCUGUCACUGCUCAGGAGCAUUUCUGUUAACCUCUACUCAUAUUUCUCUGCAUGGAAAUGUAAACUUUGCUCUAAAUAUUUGUUGAAUAUUGAUAUUUUAUUCUCACUACUCUGUACAAAAAAAAGACACAUUUAUAAUUACAUGUUUUAUUUUGAGAGAUUAAAUAUGAUUGUUGCUGCCCAUAUUAAGUAACAAGGUACCCAGAUGUUUUAAAAUGUAUUUGAUCAUAAAGUAAUUCAAAUGAUAUUACUUACUGGCAGGAUCAUAAUAAAUAAGUGAAUAGUUUUUUAUUCUCCUGUCGAUAUUCAAGACUAUUUGUGUGGGAUUUGUUUAUAUAUAUUAUUACAAUUUCUUAUUGCAGAUUUACUGUGGUUGUUGUUGUACACUUUAACUACUAUGAUGUUUUAUACAACUGUAAAUAUCAUGAUAAUAAUCAAGUAAAUCAUUUCUUAUUCUGUUUUAAAUAACUGAGAUUCUGAUUGUGUGGAUGAAGUGAAUCUGAUCAUGAAAUCAUUGAACAGACUUCACUGAUGGGAUGUGUGAUCAAAUUAAAUGUUUAGAUAUGAAUAAAGGUUUUGGAUUUUUCAAAUAUAAACAAA